UGAAAGUAGAAGACAUCCACAAAGUUAUCAUAACCCUACUUAUACCCAAAAUAUACAAUACUUUUUUAAAUUUUAAUUUCACUGAUUUUAGUUUUACGUAGCUAAUACAUAUUACCAUCACUAAUGCAUUAAAUAUUAUUAAAAUAAAAAAAAAAUAUAUUAAAUAGAUAUUACAAUGUACGAUCUUCCUGUAGAAGAAGAGGCUAAAGUUAUAGUAAAUGAUCACAAACAUCCUUUAACUAAAAUAAAUUUUCUUGGUCCCAAGCAGUUCUUUAAAGAUACCUCCAGGGAAAGGCAGGAACUAGUCACUAAAAACUUGCAAGUUUUAGAAUUUGCAUUAAAACAUAAAAAAGUAGACAAAAGAUGUGCCAGAGCCAAAGCUGAAUGGAUUGCAUCUCUUAAGCUGGCCAAAGUAGAGAAAGUUGUAAAAGGACUUUUAGAAACCUUUGGUUAUCAAGAUAAAAGUGGAAUUUAUGUGUAUCCUGAAGAAAUGUUAUACUUGGUUGAAAUGAAUAAAAUGGAAGUUUUUGUGAACAAUGUCCCACUGACUGUUCAAGAAUGCUUUGAUGUAGUUCUAAAUGUACCAAAUAUGACCCUAACCAAAUACCAGGCAUAUAAAAAACUGGUCUUACAAGGAAACAGAGUAAUAAGAUAUAGUGAAGUUGUAAGGAAAAGAAAUAACGGAAAAAUACCAAAAGAAAAUUCAAAGAUCUGUGAUACAGAUACCAGGAAAAGAAAAUUAGAAGAUGAAAAUGAUGAGGUGCAAGAGAAAAGGAUUAGGUCAGAAGAUUUGGAUGAUUCUGAAACUGAUGAAAGAGCAGGUGAAUAUAUUAGAGGAAUAUUUGAGAAAUUGAGAAACAGUUGCCCAAAGGAAUAUAGUUCCAAAGAAGCUUUAGAAACCAGUCCAGAUUAUUGUGUAUUUAUAAAAAAUAACAGCAGUCGAGUUGAAUGGGAUUUUAACUUGUAUAUAUGUGAAUCAGAUGCUAUAAACUAUACAAACACAAAUUCAACUAAACCAGAAUUAUUUGCUAUUUGCAGUGGUGACAAUAUAGCAUUUUAUCGAAUGGGCCAAGUUUAUUUACCACAUCUUUGAAGAAACAAAUAGUGUGUUUGUUUUCAUUAAUUAAAAAGAGAUGAUGAGUGUACUUACUCAAAAAUACAAAAGAAACAUUUCCAGGAAUAAUAUUUGUAAUGUAUAUACACAAUAAAAACGUCAAUUUACUAUAAUAGUAAAUUAUUCAGUUUACUAUAUCUGUAUAUGUGUCCUAAUCAAUUAAUAUUAUUGAUACUGUUUUUUGUUCUUUUUCUAUCCCCUUUUUCAUUCAAG